UGCGCACGAGCCGAGCGCAGCCUCUGUUCCUGGGCGGCGGCGGCGGCGAGCGGAAGUCCUUGGGAGCGCCAGUUCCGUCUGUGUGUUCGAGUAGACAAAAUGGCGAAGAUCGCCAAGACUCACGAAGAUAUUGAAGCACAGAUUCGAGAAAUUCAAGGCAAGAAGGCAGCUCUUGAUGAAGCCCAAGGAGUGGGCCUUGAUUCCACAGGUUAUUAUGACCAAGAAAUUUAUGGUGGAAGUGAUAGCAGAUUUGCUGGAUAUGUGACAUCAAUUGCUGCAACUGAACUUGAAGAUGAUGACGACGACUACUCAUCGUCUACGAGCUUGCUUGGUCAGAAGAAGCCUGGGUACCAUGCCCCCGUGGCACUGCUUAAUGACAUACCACAGUCAACAGAGCAGUAUGAUCCAUUUGCUGAGCAUCGUCCUCCAAAGAUUGCAGAUCGGGAAGAUGAAUACAAAAAGCAUAGGCGGACCAUGAUAAUUUCCCCAGAGCGUCUUGAUCCUUUUGCAGAUGGAGGGAAGACCCCUGACCCUAAGAUGAAUGCUAGAACUUACAUGGAUGUUAUGCGGGAACAGCACUUGACUAAGGAAGAGAGAGAAAUUAGGCAACAACUAGCAGAGAAAGCUAAAGCUGGAGAACUAAAAGUCGUCAAUGGAGCAGCAGCCUCCCAGCCUCCCUCCAAACGAAAACGGCGCUGGGAUCAAACCGCUGACCAGACUCCUGGGGCCACUCCCAAAAAGCUAUCAAGUUGGGAUCAGGCAGAGACCCCGGGGCAUACCCCUUCUUUAAGAUGGGAUGAGACACCAGGUCGUGCAAAAGGAAGUGAAACUCCUGGAGCAACCCCAGGCUCAAAGAUAUGGGAUCCCACACCUAGUCAUACACCGGCGGGAGCUGCUACUCCUGGACGAGGCGAUACACCAGGCCAUGCAACCCCAGGCCAUGGGGGUGCAACCUCCAGUGCUCGUAAAAACAGAUGGGACGAGACCCCCAAAACAGAAAGAGAUACUCCUGGGCACGGAAGUGGAUGGGCUGAGACUCCUCGAACAGAUCGAGGUGGAGACUCUAUUGGCGAAACACCGACUCCUGGAGCAAGUAAAAGAAAAUCUCGCUGGGACGAGACACCGGCUAGUCAGAUGGGUGGAAGCACUCCUGUUCUGACUCCAGGGAAAACACCAAUUGGCACACCAGCCAUGAACAUGGCUACCCCCACUCCAGGUCACAUAAUGAGCAUGACUCCUGAGCAGCUUCAAGCUUGGCGGUGGGAGAGGGAAAUCGAUGAACGAAACCGCCCGCUUUCUGAUGAAGAGUUAGAUGCUAUGUUCCCAGAAGGAUACAAGGUACUGCCCCCUCCAGCUGGUUAUGUUCCUAUUCGGACUCCAGCCCGAAAGCUGACAGCAACUCCGACACCUUUGGGAGGGAUGACUGGUUUCCACAUGCAGACUGAAGAUAGAACUAUGAAAAGUGUUAAUGACCAGCCAUCUGGGAAUCUUCCAUUUUUAAAACCGGAUGACAUUCAGUACUUUGAUAAACUGUUGGUUGAUGUUGAUGAAUCAACACUUAGUCCAGAAGAGCAAAAAGAGAGAAAAAUAAUGAAGUUGCUUUUGAAAAUUAAGAAUGGUACACCUCCAAUGAGAAAGGCUGCCUUACGCCAGAUUACUGAUAAAGCUCGAGAAUUUGGAGCUGGACCUUUGUUUAACCAAAUUCUUCCUCUAUUGAUGUCUCCUACACUUGAGGAUCAAGAGCGACAUUUACUUGUGAAAGUUAUUGAUAGAAUAUUGUAUAAACUUGAUGACUUAGUACGGCCAUAUGUGCACAAGAUUCUUGUGGUUAUUGAGCCACUGUUGAUUGAUGAAGAUUACUACGCUAGAGUGGAAGGCAGAGAGAUUAUUUCUAAUUUAGCAAAGGCUGCUGGUCUGGCUACUAUGAUUUCUACCAUGAGACCUGAUAUAGAUAACAUGGAUGAAUAUGUCCGAAACACAACAGCUAGAGCAUUUGCUGUUGUAGCCUCUGCCCUGGGCAUUCCUUCUUUGUUGCCGUUCUUAAAAGCUGUGUGCAAAAGCAAAAAGUCUUGGCAAGCGAGGCACACUGGUAUUAAGAUUGUACAGCAGAUAGCUAUUCUCAUGGGCUGUGCUAUCUUGCCACAUCUCAGAAGUUUAGUUGAAAUCAUUGAACAUGGUCUUGUGGACGAGCAGCAGAAAGUUCGGACCAUCAGUGCUUUGGCCAUUGCUGCUUUGGCUGAAGCGGCAACUCCUUAUGGUAUUGAAUCCUUUGAUUCUGUUCUCAAGCCCCUGUGGAAGGGUAUCCGCCAGCACAGAGGAAAGGGUCUAGCUGCUUUCUUAAAGGCGAUUGGAUAUCUUAUUCCUCUUAUGGAUGCAGAAUAUGCCAACUACUAUACUAGAGAAGUGAUGUUAAUCCUUAUUCGAGAAUUCCAGUCUCCUGAUGAAGAAAUGAAAAAAAUCGUUUUGAAGGUGGUGAAACAGUGUUGUGGAACAGAUGGUGUAGAAGCAAACUACAUUAAAACAGAGAUUCUUCCUCCUUUCUUUAAACACUUCUGGCAACACAGAAUGGCUUUGGACAGAAGAAAUUACCGACAGUUAGUCGAUACGACCGUGGAGUUGGCAAACAAAGUAGGUGCAGCAGAAAUUAUAUCUAGGAUUGUGGAUGACCUGAAAGAUGAAGCUGAACAGUACAGAAAAAUGGUGAUGGAAACAAUUGAGAAAAUUAUGGGCAACCUAGGUGCAGCAGAUAUUGACCAUAAACUUGAAGAACAAUUGAUUGAUGGUAUUCUUUAUGCUUUCCAAGAACAGACUACAGAGGAUUCAGUAAUGUUGAAUGGCUUUGGCACCGUAGUUAAUGCUCUUGGCAAACGAGUCAAACCUUACUUGCCCCAGAUUUGUGGUACAGUUUUAUGGCGUUUAAAUAACAAAUCAGCAAAAGUUAGGCAGCAAGCAGCUGACUUGAUUUCUCGAACUGCUGUUGUUAUGAAGACUUGUCAAGAGGAAAAACUGAUGGGGCACCUGGGUGUGGUGCUGUAUGAGUAUUUGGGUGAAGAGUACCCUGAAGUGUUGGGCAGCAUUCUUGGAGCACUGAAGGCUAUUGUAAAUGUCAUAGGAAUGCAUAAGAUGACACCGCCAAUUAAAGAUCUCCUGCCUAGACUCACUCCCAUCUUGAAGAACAGGCAUGAAAAAGUACAAGAGAAUUGUAUCGAUCUUGUCGGACGCAUUGCUGACAGGGGAGCUGAAUAUGUAUCUGCAAGAGAGUGGAUGAGGAUUUGCUUUGAGCUUUUAGAGCUCCUGAAAGCUCACAAAAAAGCUAUUCGAAGAGCUACUGUCAACACAUUUGGUUAUAUCGCAAAGGCCAUUGGCCCUCAUGAUGUACUGGCUACACUUUUAAACAACCUCAAAGUCCAGGAAAGGCAGAACAGGGUUUGUACGACUGUAGCCAUAGCCAUUGUUGCUGAAACAUGCUCGCCCUUCACUGUGCUCCCUGCCUUAAUGAAUGAAUACAGAGUUCCUGAACUCAAUGUUCAAAAUGGAGUGUUAAAGUCGCUCUCCUUCUUGUUUGAGUAUAUCGGUGAGAUGGGAAAAGACUAUAUCUAUGCUGUAACACCCUUACUUGAGGAUGCCUUGAUGGAUAGGGACCUUGUACACAGACAGACAGCUAGUGCAGUGGUACAACACAUGUCACUUGGUGUUUAUGGAUUUGGCUGUGAAGAUUCUCUGAAUCAUUUACUGAACUACGUGUGGCCUAAUGUGUUUGAGACAUCUCCCCAUGUAAUCCAGGCAGUUAUGGGAGCCCUGGAGGGCCUCAGGGUUGCUAUUGGACCAUGCAGAAUGUUGCAGUAUUGCUUACAGGGUCUGUUUCAUCCAGCUCGGAAAGUCAGAGAUGUGUACUGGAAAAUUUACAACUCCAUCUACAUCGGCUCACAGGACGCUCUCAUAGCACAUUACCCAAGAAUCUACAAUGAUGAUAAGAACACCUAUAUUCGUUACGAACUUGACUAUAUCUUGUAACUUUAUUUUGUGUCUAACAAGCUGUUUCACACCUUAAAACUUGCUUCGAUCUGAUGAUAUAACUUGUAAAACAUUGCUGACCAGUGUAGAGCUGGUCAUAGAGGAGGGGUAGAAAUCCAGUAGCAUGAUUUUUAAUAACUUUUGUUUUUGACGUUAAGUAGUAAAUGCCAGUAGUGACCAAGGACACAGUGAUUACACACACUAUACUGGAGGGAUAUCAUUUUUUAUUCAUCUUUAUGAAGAUUUAGGAUUCAUUCCUUGUGUUUAAAGGGAAUGUUUAAUUGAGAAAUAAACAUUCAUGUACAAAAUGCUAAUUUGUGUGUGUUUUUUGAAUAUAACUUGUAAAAUGCAGAACUUUGGUUAAGUAUUGGUUUGUGUAGAAUAAGCGGCUUAAUUUCAUUUUCUGUUGCCUGGUUUAUUAUGGAACAGUUAGCAGAACACAGACUAUAAAGUGAUGGCCUCUUUGUCACAGUCCAUUGUUUUGUUGAUGAUGAGAAGAGUAGCUCUGGGGCUGUCCCCUUGAUGUAGCGUAAGUGUUCCAUCACCAUAGCAACAUAGCACUUUGAACUGUCUUGAAUAUUAAUUUACAUAGCACCUUUCACCUCUUGACUUCUCAAAAUGCUUUAUGAACGGGCAUGAAGGAUGUAUUUUACAUCAUCUCCAACUCUUGGUGUUCUCUGUUUAUACAGUGGAAAAGCUGUCUAUACUUCAAAACUGUGUUCUUCCUGUUGGGAGGAGGCUAAGAAUGCUAGUAUAGUAAG